AUGCGGUCGAGGAUCGACGAAGCGGUCGUCUCCGUUGAAGAGGCGACGUCGCUCGAGGAGGAAAAGCAUACUUCUCUGCUCCCAUCCGAAGAGGUGAAAGAAUCUUUAGAGAAGCGAGCGAAGGGAGAACCACUGGCGAAUGUAAAAUGUUUGGAAUGCCAUUGCGUCGGAACUGUAAUGAAGGCAAAAGAUCAAGUGGUUCUCCGACCGAACACAGUGAAGAAGACGCUUAUUGACCUCGGUGGAGGAUUUUUUAUGCCAAAUAUCGACAAAGUCAAGCCAACAGUGAAGACUGCCAGUCAGAAAGCAAAGAAAUUCAUUGAAGGCUUCAAAAACAUUGAGAACGACAAUGACGACGGAUCAGAAAACGGAUUCUUCAAAAGAUCGAUCAAAGAAAUAGAGAAAUUCAGAGAGAGAUUUGCAAGAGGAGUAGAGAAUGCGAGAAGUGAAAAGGAAACGGAACUAAUGAAUAUAAUGGAGGGACUGGAGCGAGAAGAAACAAAAACUCCGCCGCAAGAUAAUCCCUGCCGGUUCACGGGCUUUUUCUCGGACGAGUUCGAAGGAGAUAACUUUUGGAAAUCAAAGAAAAGAUUCGCGUUUCAGUGA